CCAACUUAAAGCAGUAGGACAAGGUGUUUUUUCUUUUCUUUUUUUUUUUUUGUAAGACUCGCUAGCUUUCAGUCAUUUUAGCUCCAUGAAAGAUAUGGCAUUAACCUUACCAGAAACGUUGAGGAAAAUUUAAGAAUUAUAAUAAUUGUUUUACACAAACUAUAAUCAUGUUGAAACGGUGCGAUGAUCAUGGAUAGGACGGGCAGAAAGAAAGCAUGGAUUUGGAGUCUUGGGUUGUCGGUCCUGGGGUUUGGGAGGUGCAGAAGGUAAUGUCGUAAAGCAGUGUCGUAAACCAGGUGCAGGGAGGGGAGGUAAAGCGGAGGGAGGAGGGGGGAGUGGGGGCGAGUGAGGAGGUGACUCUCCAGCAGCAUUUAGACACAGCGAAAGGAUCAUGGCGGAUGGCCCCAGGUGUAAGCGCAGAAAGCAGGCGAAUCCGAGGAGGAAUAACGUGAUUGGCUACAGUAACAUUGAGAAGGCGCCGGGCUCCGACUCAGACGAUGAAGACAAGCUGCACAUUGUGGAGGAGGAGGGCAGUUUGGCGGACUGUGACAGCAACGUACCUAGUGAAGAUCACAGCGGGGACCACUGGGACGAAGUGAGGGAGGAGUGUGGCUCGGACGGGGAAGACGAUGGCAGUACAGACGCCCUGGUUGAGGAGAUGUUACAGCAGGGAGACACGGCCAUCAUUUACCCAGAAGCCCCUGAGGACGAGCCACGCCAGGGGACACCAGAGGCCGGCGUGCAUGAUGAGAAUGGCACACCGGACGCGUUCUCCCAGCUUCUCACCUGCCCUUACUGCGCCCGUGGCUACAAGCGCUACACGUCCCUGAAGGAGCACAUCAAGCUGCGCCACGAGAAGAGCGAAGACAACUUCAGCUGCUCCCAGUGCAGCUACACCUUCACUUACCGCACGCAGCUGGAAAGACACAUGAGUGCCCACAAGGCAGGCAGAGAGCAGAGGCACGUGACACAGUCGACGGGCAACCGCAAAUUCAAGUGCACCGAAUGUGAAAAAGCAUUUAAGUACAAGCACCACCUGAAGGAGCACCUCCGCAUCCACAGCGGAGAGAAGCCAUACGAGUGUUCCAACUGCAAGAAGCGUUUCUCCCACUCGGGUUCCUACAGCUCGCACAUCAGCAGCAAGAAGUGCAUCGGCGUGAUCUCGGCGGUCAACGGACGGCCGCGGCCCGGCGCCAAGGCCUCCAGGUGCCCGUCCCCAGCGAUGCCCGCCUCGCCCUCGUCCACCACGCGCACCCAGGCCAGGGACAAACCCUUGCAGGAGCAGCUGCCGAUUAAUCAGAUCAAGAGCGAGCCCGUGGACUACGAGUACAAGUCCAUGGCGGUUGCUCAAGCCGCCGUGGCGCUGGGGGCGAACGCUCAUGCCGGAGGAGGGGUGUUGAACGGGAGUGCUGCGGCCCCACUGCAGGGCACGGUUCAGGCCGUAAUGCUCCCCACCAUGGGCCUGGUCUCUCCAAUCAGCAUCAGCCUGGCUGACCUACAGAAUGUGUUGAAGGUUGCCGUGGACGGGAACAUGAUCAGGCAGAUGUUGGAGAACAACGCCAAGGUAGGGGAGACCGAUGCUCCUCACCAGCAGCUCAUCUCAGCCAUCAGUCUACCCAUCAUAGGCCAGGAUGGUAAUGCCACCAAGAUCAUCAUCAACUACAGCAUGGACCCCAGCCAGACCCAACCCCUGCUCCAGUCCCAAAUGACUGCCCAGAACCUGAAAAAGGAGCCUCAGACACUAGCUUCAGCACCAGGACAUCCUCAGAAAGCCACGGAGCCCUGCAGCAAGUCCCAGCAGAAACUCCCGGAGGACCUGACAGUCAGCAGGCCCACCAGGAGCAAAGAGGAAAACAACGAGGAGGAGAAGGAGGAGGAGGAGACCACUAAGACCUGCCUGCUCUGUGAUGACUGUCCAGGAGGGUUGGAUGGGCUGCACGCACUCAAGCACUGUAAGAAAGCCUCAGGCCUCAGGAUCAACAUGGACAAAUCACAGUCUGCCAUUGCAUCGCUGUUGUCCGAGGGGGUUGGAGACCAACCCAAGAAUCUGUUGUCUCUCCUCAAGGCCUACUUUGCUUUGAACGCCAAGCCCACCAAGGAGGAGCUCGGCAAGAUCUCGGACUCAGUCAGCUUACCGGCUGACGUGGUCAAGAAGUGGUUUGACAAGAUGCAGAACGGUCAGGUUUCACUAGGGGCCCCCACCCCCCCAUCUGAGGAAGAAGGGUCAUUUUCCGAGUGCCCUGGGAUCAAAGUUGUGUCCCCUAAGGUAGGACCAGAGCGGGACAUGGAAGGCCCCACCCUGAUGCAGUGCAGCCCAGCCGAGGCAACUCCGGCAGAGGUCAGCGGCUCUGGGCACUCCCCGGCCUCUCCCACACCACUAAACCUAACCGCCGGGGGGCCCGUUCCUCCAAAAUCCUCCUCCUCAGACAGCACUGAAGGCCCGCUGGACCUGUCACUACCGAAGCCCACGCGAGAGGAGACGGCCUCUGCCUCGCACCAAGCCACCACCGUUUACUCCCAUCAGGACGAGCCCCUGAACUUGACAAAGACUUGCACGACCAAGACGGAGCUUCUGCAGCACAUAACCAGCCAACCCGUUUCCCUGUACAGCGCCGGCCCGCCAAACGCCCACCCUGUCAGCGUCAUGACCACUCAGUUGCCCAGCGGGACCAUCGUGGCCCUCACGGACCAGGGCCGAGCGGGCAUGCCCUGCCUCCGAGCAGUCACCACCAGUACCAACCAGACUAUCCUCAUCCCGCAGCUGGCCUACACCUAUACCACUACAGCUACAGCCAGCAGCCCAGCAGGCACUGAGACCCAGGAGAAGACCACGCCACGGAACGGAGGCAUCAAGGAGGAGCGUCAGGACACCAGCUCAGAGGGUGUGUCCACCAUGGAGGAGCAGAACGACUCAGACUCCGCCCCAUCCAGGAAGAAGAUGAGAAAGACGGAGAGCGGCAUGUAUGCCUGUGACCUGUGUGACAAGAUCUUCCAGAAGAGCAGCUCUCUGCUCCGACAUAAAUACGAACACACAGGCAAGCGACCCCACGAGUGCGGCAUCUGCAGAAAGGCCUUCAAACACAAGCACCACUUGAUAGAACACAUGCGCCUUCACUCGGGGGAGAAGCCAUACCAGUGUGACAAGUGUGGCAAGCGCUUCUCUCACUCUGGCUCCUACUCCCAGCACAUGAACCACCGCUACUCCUACUGCAAGAAGGAGGCGCGCGGAGUUGGUCAGGCGGGUGUAGGGGAGGAGGUGCUGGAGGAGGAGAUGGAGAUGGAGAGCCUCCUGGGACUGGCCCUGGAUCCGGGAAGGGAGCAGCCGGAGCAGUCAGACAGCAGACCUACCUCCUCGCCUCCCUCCCACCUGGACUCUGACGAGCGAGAGAGCAGCACCAGGGACGAUGAGAGCGAGGAGGAGGAGGAGGACAUGGAGACCGUGGCAGGGGAGGCGGGGGAGCGAGGCGCUCUGGAUAUGGAUGAUAUUCAAGUGGUGCGGGUAGGAGAUGAUGAAGUUGAUGAAGAUGGCGAGGUGGAAAGGGAAGACACUGGUCAAGGGGAGGAAGAGAAUGAGGAAGGAGUAGAGAGAGUAGUGGUAGGAGGAGACGAGGAAGAGGACCGGGUAGUCAGGAUUGAAGUGAAGGAAGAGCAAGAGGAAGAGGAGGUCACAGGGGACAAGGCAGAAACUAGGCAAGAUGAGGCACUGGACCGUGGGGAGAAAGUGGAGGAACAUGAAGGAGAGAAGGAGCAGGCAGAGAAAGAAUCGGAGGAGGAGCUGUCAGAGCAGCCCGAGGAGGUGCAGGAUGAGACAAUGGACACAGAGGAAGGAGUGACCUCAGAAGAGAAAGAAGAAUCAGGGGAGAGGGCAAAAGAGAGUGAGGUCACGAAUGAGAAUGACUGUGAAACAAACAGGAACACUGUUUCAGAAGUCGAGAACCAGACACCGACAGGAGUGAAAGGAGAUGCAAAAUAGAUUUGGGAGAGCCAAGACCUUCUUCCUCUAUGAAAUCAAAGUUUCCCCUUUCUCCCCAUGACAUUGGGGACCCAGGAGGAGAGAGCUAGAAUGUGGGUUGCUCUGAUGGACGCUGCAUUUCAGUUCACUGUAUGAAUCCAGGUGUGAAUCCAGGUGUGCCUGAAAAAAAUACUAGUAACUUUUUCCACAGGAGGAGAUACAUUUUCAAUAUUAGAAAAUGCAUUUGUAAAAAAAAAAGAAAAAUGAAAAAGAAAGAAAAAAACUAAGUUUAAUGACAGAAAAAAAUGCAUUCUACGGAUGUUUGGAAGUUAGAGCCGACACGUUUUAGAUGAUGUUUUAUUACUAAAACAACCUUGGGUCAUUUCUUUUUAUCAGUGUUACUAAUGUUAUCAUUCAUAUUUUAACCUCUAAGAAGCUGUACAGUUGGGAGAGAUUUCUAUACCUUUUUAUUGCCAAUGAACAAAAUAAAUCUGUAUUUUAUUAAGUUGGAGGAAGAAAAAAAAAUAGAUCCUGUGCACUACAAAGUGGCUUGGUUUACUUCUGGCUCUAACAUUUCUUCGUUGUCUACCCUUCAGUAUUACGGCACUAGACAUCCAGUAUACAGCGCCAGCACGUUAGCUGACGAUGUUAGCAUACCUUUUUGUUUGUUUUAUAUGGAUUGUGAGCCUUAAAUACAAUAACUGUUGUGAGAUGAGUUCAGCCAUGAGGAUGUUCUUGGGGUCAGCUCCAUGAUGAAGACACAGAGGAAAGUAUCUAAGGAGGUACUUCAGUCUGCAUUGAUACAUUGUUCUAAAUGUUUGGUUUGUUCAUUUCCUAAUCUGUUAUAUUCAUCAGUGUUACAUGUACAGAAUCAGAUCAAGCAGAGGAAGAAGAACAUUCGUGAUUUUGUCGGUGUAGCUCAUUUGACAACCUUCAACCCUGUGCCCACUCCCAGCCUUAUGCAAAAGAAAAGAGGACAUGAUGCACAUCUGAAGCGCUAUUUAUCACUGUUGUUUUCCUUACAGUAGUUGCUGUUGUCCUUUAGUUUUAAGGCCCUGUUUUGAUAGCAGCUCGAAUGCCAACUCUUUUAGCCAAUGUUAUUUUGGGCACAAUACCACUAGACCUGAGGUUAUAGAUGAUAUAAUUACAAUGAAUUAUAAUUUAGAUUUGAUGUAUUUUACGAUUACAAAAACAUGCCUCUUUUUUUAACCAGAACAGUCAAUGACUAAAAGGACUUAACAAUGCACAUGUUUUACUGGGUUGCUGAAACAUGAUUUUGAAAUAAUUCCUGCCUUGAAAUUUAUUAUUUUCCCAAAUCCAGUUUCAGUGCACUUGUUUAACACUUGUGAAUUGCUUGCUUUCUCUCUUCAGGUAACAAAAGUAAGCAAAUAUGAUCCCAGAACAGUUAUUCAGUUAUUCACAUUUUCUACCUGUCAGUAUUAUUUAGUUUUUUUAUGUUCAUGUUCAAAUGUGUGUAAUGUAUGUUUUCAGCAGUAUUAUUCCCAUUCCCAAUGACAUGGGUUAUCUGUUUAGUUAAAAAAAAACGUUUAUAUUUAUGUCUUAUUUUUUUAUAUUCCUUUACGGUUAUUUAUUACACAAUGUAGUGUACCAUACUGUAGUUUGUAUUAAUACAAUAAUAUAUUUUAGUGUGUAAAUCAUUUCAAAGUUAAAAUGACUACAACAAAGCUGGAAACAAAAAGACAUGCUCUGGCAUUCUGAAGUAUGUUUAAGAACAAAAUGAAAUGUUACUACUUUCUCCAGAUGUCAGCACACCCCCAAGCCUGAAAUUAGAACAUGUCACCUUUCUGCGUCCCUUCUGUCUUCUGUUGGUUUUUACCUUUUGUCCACUUUAAUAUGAAGCUACUGAAACUCUGAACUAACUGUAUUUCUAAUAGCAUGAGUGUGCUGUUGUAUUAAAGGAUGAUCCUUACCCAUGAACCUGUCCUUUUGCCACGCCAAAAUAAUAUUGUGUUUUAUUUGUGCCAAUUUGUUUCUUUGUAUGUCUACUGUGUCAAGGCCACAACCUCUUUUAUAUGUCCCUGUUUUAAUCCAUGAUCAUUUUUAUAGUGAUAUUUUUUUUAUGACUCCCCAUCUCACAAUAAAAUACAUCAGCUACCUA